AUGUACUGGAAUCGUAUUCAAGCAGCCCCUUUGCCUUGCCCUCGACUCAGAAAUUCGCUGGAUUACCUUCGUAACGUCACAGGCACACGGUUCUUAGAGAUGGAAGUACAAAGAAGAUUAAUGGUACUGAAUCAACGAGUAAAAUAUUUAGAAAACGAGAAUAACGUUUUGAGGCAGCGUUUGUCCGAUAUGAUUACUGGUCAGGAAGAUGUACAGAGUUACAUGAGACGCAAUGGAAUUACUGAUAUGCUGAAGGUGAACCCAGAAUCCGGCAUGAGAACUAGUUCGUCGACAGAUUCAGUUCCUAGUAUGAAUGGCAGCAUAAACUUGUUAAAUUUGAGCAGUAACAAUAGCAGUACGUUAUCUUUGAAUAAUGGUACGUCUCCAGCACCGCCAAUUCCACCCAGAUCAUCUGUAUCUUCUAAUAAUGGACAACAGAGUCCAGACCCAAUUGUUGGAACCAGACUUGAAGGAUUACUGCUGGAUGAAUUAGAAGAUGAUUUCAACCCAAGAGCUUAUGAACAAACCGCCAAAGAUCAGAAAUGCAGCUCACCAGUCUCUAGUACAGGUGCUCCUGUCACACCGCCAGUUUUGGCUCCACCGCCUAAAGCUGGACGAGACAAAAGUCGCCAGAAUGGCAAGAGUAGUGCCAGAGCUGGAAUGGAUGAGAUCUUUGGAUCUGCAGCUAAUACAGCAACGCCUCGGCCAAAGCCCCAGGACCCAUUUGGCAUGGGUAACUUUUCUAUACCAGUGAAUGGAAAUUCUGAUUCGAAUUCUUCUGAUUACCAUAAUUUAGGAUUGUUGGAUAAGCGAAUUUUAGAAAUGAAGGAUGGAUUCAGUCGAGGAUUAUCCAUCAGCACCGAGGAUUUUUCACUUGAGAGUUUGGAUCCGUUAAAGAAUUAA